UGCUUUCGUAUUCAAUUAUAUUUUCAAAUAUUAAAAAAAAAAAAAAAGGAUGUAGGAGAAAGGAAAUGAAUAUUCUCAAUUCUUAUGCCUUUGUACACCCAAGGAAUGACUUCACCGUCAAGUUCAAUUACCUGAUCACCUCCUCUUUUGUCCUGCUAUAAAGGGCCUUAUGUAUUGAUCCUCCUCCCAUCAAAUCUGACCUUCACAUAUUGCUGUUAGAUUUUACAUUUGUGGAUUGCAUAAUUCUUUUUGGUAAUGGUUGAGCUGACAAUAAUUGGAAGGUUGGCUGAUGGGUUGCCUCUUGCACAAGGGCCCAGGUACGUACAUAAAGAGAAUGAUAACUUCAUAUUUUAUAGGCAACAAGCUGAAUUCAUACUGAAAGAAAUCUCAAGCGGUGCCCUGACACCUUCCAAGAUGACCAUUCGCAUUGAUCACCACUCCUUCAACUACUUGGUUGAGAAUGGAGUCUGCUUCAUUACAUUGUGCGAUUCUUCAUAUCCAAGAAAGCUAGCUUUCCAUUACCUGCAAGAUUUGCAGAAGGAGUUGGAGAAACUUGACAAUGCCCUCAUUCACAAGAUUACAAGUCCUUACACUUUCCACAAAUUCGAUGGUGUUAUUAGAAAUAUAAGGAAGCAAUACGUUGAUACCAGAACACAAGCUAAUCUGUCAAAGUUGAAUGCUAGUAGACAGAAAGAUACAGAUAUCAUUACUCAACACAUUUCUGAAAUCUUGGAAAGAAAACGGAAUGCAGAACUAUCAGAAACAGCACUAGCAAGACCUCCAACUGCCCCUUCGAUAUGGGGUUCCCCACUCCUUGAGUUGAUCGCACUGAAAUGGACACCCAUUACAAUUGUCGUUGCUGUUGCUUCUGUUCUCUUAUGGGCCAGCUUAAUCUUCACGGAGGACUUCAUCAUUUCAACCAUAUGAAAUGCCUCAAACUAGCUAGGAUUGGCAAGCCCAAAUUGAAAGCUGAAUUUUCCGAUUGAGAAUAUUACUUAAAUUAGGCAUUUUUCUGGCAGUCCUGCAUUUAAUUACUCUAAUAAUAAUA